GCUCAGAGGGAGUUCAGUCGCGGGGAGGGGUGGAGGCGCACACGGCACGACCGCUGCCCGCUUUGAACAAUUAUCCCUGAUGAGCGCAGAUUGGUUUCACUUAACAGGCGCAGGUGCGGAGGAUUUGUGACGCGGCGCAGCUGAGCGUUUUCGGGUUUGUGUCUGGACGCUGCCGCAUCUCAUGUUGAACAUUAACUCUUCAACGGAGAGCUGCAGACUUUAUUUUUUUGUCCUCUCUCCUCCUCCGGGACAGGAUGCGUGCUACAAAAUGACAUCCCGACCAGGUCUGGCUGACUCGAUUUGAAUUCAGGAAGCAUCGUUGAAUAAACCUGAACCCACGUUGGGAAUUUGACCGCGCUGUCAUUGCCCUGUCCAAGCCCUAAAAGCCUCUUCUAAAGCUGUGAGGGAAGAAGAAGAAGGAAGAAAAAAAAAAAAAACUAUCCGCUUCACUAGCCUACUCUUCGGUCUGCGCACUUGGACGACUUGAAAUGAGGACCACAUCCCGGCUGUACUCCGUGUGAAAGAGACGAGCCGGGCGGCAGCUUUCCCUUUCGGCUCUCAAGGACGCGCCAGAAAAAAAGUGGCCCCCGGCCGAGCGAGCUGCGGAGCAUGGAGCGGGACGACUCCGAGGCCGUGAGCCCGUCCAAAAAGACCAUAAUCGCCAAGAUCUUCAAAGUUCGUAAGAGGAGGGAGAUGCUGUUCGUUCAGGUCUGCUUCAUCUGCAGUGUCCUCUUCGUGGCGUGGAGCAUGUCGGCUCUGUUGACUAAGACAGGCCAUGGGAUGGUUGUGGAGGGACAUCCGGACAUUGAACACUGGGGUAGGAGGCUAAUGGCCUCCAUGUCUGAAAACGACACAGAGCCAAAGAACUGCUCGGAGCCAGCAAUACACGAGUUCCCCGAUGACCUUUUCACCAACAACGAACGAAAGAGUGGAGCUGUCCUGCUGCACAUUGCGGCGACUCUUUACAUGUUCCUGGCUCUCGCCAUAACUUGUGACGAAUACUUUGUGACAUCACUGGAGAAGAUCUGCGAGAAACUGGAUCUUAGUGAAGACGUCGCUGGAGCCACCUUCAUGGCAGCUGGCAGUUCUGCGCCCGAGCUCUUUGCGUCUGUCAUCGGUGUCUUCAUCACCCAUGGUGACGUGGGGGUGGGGACCAUCGUCGGCUCAGCAGUUUUCAACAUCCUGUGCAUCAUUGGUGUGUGUGGAAUCUUUGCCGGACAGGUGGUGGUGUUGACCUGGUGGCCUGUUUUCAGGGACUCCUUCUACUACACCCUGUCCGUCAUAGCUUUGAUUGCAUUCAUCUAUGAUGAGAAGAUUGUUUGGUGGGAGAGUUUGGUGCUGGUGAUCAUGUAUGUAGGCUACAUCCUGGUCAUGAAAUUCAACUCAAGCAUGCAGCGGUUUUUCAUGGGGAAGUCUAGCAAAAAUGUGGCCAAUGGUAACGCUGCAACCAGCAGCGAGAUGGAGGACGUCAAGCCGAGCAAGGCUUACAGCCGUGGCUCAGUGGUGAUGGUGGAUGAGAUGAUGAAUGCCAGCCCGUCAAAGUUUAGGUUUCCUGAGGCCGGGCUCCGAGUCAUGGUCACCAGCCAUUUUGGACCUAAAACCCGCCUUCGCAUGGCCAGUCGGCUCAUCAUCACAGAGCGCCAGAAGUUGGUGCAAGCGGCCAAUGGCGUGGAGACGCAAGUGACUGACGGCAAGGUUGAAAUCGAGAACGGAAAUGUGCCAGAGGACAAACCAGAGGACAAAGAGGCGGAAGAAAACGACACGAUUUCACCAUUUCACAUUCCAAGGAACGUGGGCAGCAAGAUCAAGUGGCUGAUCUCAUGGCCGCUGCUACUGCUGCUGUUCAUCACGGUCCCCAACUGUGCCAAGCCUCGCUGGGAGAAAUUCUUCAUGGUCUCCUUCAUUCUUUCCACCGUCUGGAUUGCAGUCUUUUCAUACUUGAUGGUCUGGAUGGUCACCAUAAUCGGCUACACUCUGGGAAUACCAGAUGUCAUCAUGGGCAUCACGUUUCUGGCUGCGGGCACCAGCGUUCCAGAUUGCAUAGCCAGUCUCAUUGUGGCGCGGCAAGGUUUGGGGGAUAUGGCAGUGUCUAAUACAAUUGGCAGUAAUGUGUUUGACAUCCUGGUGGGACUUGGGGUUCCCUGGGCAAUGCAGACCAUGUGUGUAAACUAUGGAUCAGAGGUGAUGAUUAACAGUCGGGGGCUGGUGUAUUCAGUGGUUCUUCUGCUGGGCUCUGUUGCACUCACGGUGUCGGGGAUCCACAUAAACAAGUGGCAGCUGGAUUUAAAGCUGGGCGUCUAUGUCCUUGUUCUGUACGCCGUGUUCCUCUGCUUCUCCAUCAUGAUCGAGUACAACGUCUUCACCUUUGUCAACUUGCCCAUGUGCAUGGAGGGUUAGAGCGCAGCAGCAUGCAACAAUUACCAAAACCUCAACGCCCCCCCUCCCCCCACCUUGGCAACCCUGGAGUUUCUUUUUUUGGACAAACUGGACCUAUCUGGCGACCUUUUUUUGUUUCCCUCCUUUGCUUGCAGUCUUUAUUUGUCGAUAUUUAAUAUGAAUCUAAUUUUCUUAUAAGGCAGUGCUCUGUAAUCGUGAAUUCUGUUACGUUUUCCAAAAUUGUCCAGUCGUCGCGCAGCGCUGGUCCUUUUCGCUCGCUAUUUCAGGCGUUGCUGUCAACUCUUUGGUUUCUCUGUACGCCUGCUAACUUCUCACCCAUCAAGCAUGCCUUUUUAGAUGUCGUGGACCUCGAGUCAUAAGUGCCCCGUUUUUGAUUUCACUCUUCUCACUUGAGAUUUUUCUGAUCAGAACAAUCUGUUCUACAUGAGGCACUUAACUAAAGCUCAAACUAUAAUAAAUGUAAAGCCAUUCUUUCAGAAAAAAAAAAAA